CUGGGCGAUCUCAUUGCAUCUUGUUCCCAGUCCAGACAAAGUCAGUCGGAUAGCGUGGUCUCACCAAAUACCUCCAGCGAUACGAGGUCAAGAAGCUGUGAACCGAUGGAUACAGCAGCUGCAGUACCUGCUGUGGUAGUGUCGCCCAGGAGAAGCUCCAAAGAAAAUGAACGUGUAUUGGACGAAGUUCUUCAGAGGAUAAGAGAUGGAUUUAGUGUGAAGGAUGCAAAGAUAUCAGAUGUUUUAUCUGCGUACGAGAAGAAGAUACUGUUAAUGGAGCGAAGAGAACGAGAAUUGGAG